AUGAAGACACUCCUCGUUGGACUCCUGCUUGGCCUGGCAUGCCUGGAGUUGGCCCAGUCCUUACGAUGCUACACGUGCAAGGAGCCCACGGACAUCUCCAAGUGCAGAACAGCCACCCUGUGCCCCCCCAAGGCCACCGUGUGCACCACGACCCUGCACUCUGUGGACACGGGUUAUCCCUUUUUUGGGAACAUCACGGUGACCAGGGCCUGCGAGGAGGAAUGUCUGUCCAACAACGGGAUCGGGGCCUCCAAACCCAAGUCCUGCUGCUACACCGACCUGUGCACCGACGAAACCAGGGCCAGCAGCGGGGUGAGGAGCAGCUCCUCAGCCCUGCCCCUGGUGGCCCUGCUGCUUGGCAAGGUCCUCCAGCGCUCCCUGUAGUG